AGACACGGAGAUGAUUGGAUAUUUUUAACGUUGCUUGGAAUAAUCAUGGCCCUUUUAAGUUUUGUAAUGGACAUACUCAUUGAAAGAUUUCAUAUAGCGAGGAUAUGGUUAUAUAACAUGUCAUCUCCAAAUGUGUACCUUCAAUAUUUUUCAUGGAUGAUUGCUCCACUAAUUCUUGUCUUGUUUUCAACAGGAUUCACAAGAAUUGUAUCUCCACAAGCCAUAGGAUCUGGUAUUCCUGAAAUCAAAACGAUCAUGAGGGGUGUGUCCAUGAAUGAAUAUCUAACUUUUAAUACCUUAUUGGCUAAAGUUAUUGGGUUGUCAACAGCUGUUGGCAGUGGAUUACCAAUUGGAAAAGAGGGACCAUUUGUUCAUGUUGCUAGUAUUUCUGCUUUUUUACUGGCUAAGCUGUUUCCUACUUUUAAGCUUGAUUUCAAGAAUUCGACAUGCAACACUGAAAUAUUGGCUGCAGCAUGCGCUGUUGGUGUGGCCUGCACUUUCGCUGCUCCCAUCGGAGGCGUUUUGUUUAGCAUAGAGGUAACAGCCAGCUAUUUUGCAGUCAGAAAUUAUUGGAGAGGUUUCUAUUCAGCAGUUUGCGGCGCAAUUGUCUUCAGGUUGCUUGCGAUAUGGUUUGAUGAUGAAUCUACACUCACAGCACUUUUUCAGACAAAUCUUCGCCAGGAUGUACCGUUCGAUCCGAUGGAAAUUGUUUCGUUCUCAAUUGUCGGGUUGGCUCUCUGUGGCAUCGGAGGGAGCUUGUUGAUCUGCGCACACAAAAAUUUAUCUCUAUUCAUAAGCAAAAAAUUGGAAAUAGCUAAUUUCAUAAAAGACUACUGUUUGGUGUACCCAUUCUUCGCUACUUUUGUCAUGAUGUCUCUUUUGUUUCCUCCAGGCUCAGGGAUGUUCAUGGUUGGAUUGCUGACGAACAACGACGCAGUGAAUGAAUUGUUCAGCAACGUGACUUGGUUGACGAGAGACGCUGAUACAUACGAAGAAGAUCGUCUGCUGAAGUUGUGGAGGGGUCCAUUCAACAACGUUUUCCUGACACUUUUCAUUUUCAUUGUAACCAGGUUUUGGAUGUGUGUGGUUUCGACAUCACUUCCUGUUCCAUCUGGUAUAUUCAUGCCCUCAUUCACGCUUGGAGCCGCAUGUGGGAGGCUCAUUGGAGAAAUAUUGGCCUGGCUCUUUCCCAAUGGAAUAGGUGGUGACAUGGUUGUUCCGGGAGGAUACGCUAUAGUUGGAGCG